AUGCCGCCUCCAACCUCUAGAAACACCUCUCCAACUUCAUUCCAAUUCCCUUCCCACCUCCUCUUCCUCUCACUGUUCAUCCUCGCCUUCUUCCCAAGCCUCUUCAUCUCCCUCCUGAAGCCCAUCUUCUACAUCCCGCCCCUCCACCUCCUCUCCCCAUUCCCAACCCCACCAGCAACCACAACCACCUCUUCCUCCCCCAUACCAUCCACAAUGACCUGGCUCCAACGAACUAUCGCCCUCCCCCCACGCUCCCGCGGCUCCUACCUAAUAACAGACCACAUCGUCUCCGAACUCCCCGAGCUACGCACGUACAAGACAGGCCUGCUCAACCUCUUCAUCCAGCACACCAGCUGCGCCCUCAGCCUGAACGAGAACUGGGACGAAGAUGUGCGGGCGGACAUGAGCGAUGCGCUGGAUCGCAUUGCGCCGGAGGAUCGGAAGGGGGAGCUGUAUAGGCAUAGUGCGGAGGGUUUGGAUGAUAUGCCGGCACAUAUUAAAUCUGCCCUCAUCGGUGCAUCUGUCACAAUCCCCAUUACCAACGGGAGACUAGCUACUGGCACCUGGCAGGGCAUCUGGUAUCUGGAAUUCCGCGCCAGUAAGCACUCACGCAAGGUCGUGGCGACUAUCCAGGGGGAGAAGAUGUAG